AUGCUAGAUUUUGUGUCUGGUCUCCUCAGAACUAUUUCAACCCGCACUGCUCUGGCACUGCGGGGACCCAUGAUCACCCAGAGGGCCAGUGUCUUCACCAGACCGGCUAAAGACCCUCUCGGCCCUUCCGAGACCAUCAUCGGACUGGGACUGUUCGCACUGGCUAUCCUGGGACCUUCCGGUUGGAUUCUCACCAACAUUGAGGACUCCAAGAAGAAAGAUUAA